UUGUUGUUGUUUUUUUCUUCACCAAAAACCUGUCAAAACCUGGGCAAAAAAAAUUAAGAUGAUUUACUUUAACGUAAAUUCAAAUUAAAGAUAAAAUGAAAAAUGCUUAAACAGAAGUUACUUUUAGUUUAAACAACAUGUCAAAAUGAUGAGUAGAUUCAGGGACAUAACUGUGGUUAAAAACAAAUUUUGACUUGAUAAAAUACAGAUUAGACUGUCUCUGAGUUCUCCCCCCGAGUCUAUUGGUUAUUGAGGCUAUUCUUUACACUAAAGGACCAGUAUGGAUCCUUGGGAGGUGAGAGGAUGAGGCCAAGUUUGACUUUUAGGCUUAAUUUCCACUGGCGUUUUUACAGCUCUACUCUGGAGCUUCAGAACGCCCUGGUCCUGCGUUUUUUUUACAGCUCAAAAAUGCCUAUGCCAUUUGAAGCUCAAAAACUCAUGUGGGCAUGAUGCCAUAGAAUAACAUGGACAGGCGUUUUUAAGCUGUAAAAAACGCUCAGAAAAGUGGCUGUAAAAACGUCAGUGGAAAUGAAGCCUUAAAGGAAAAGUAUAGGUGUAGUAUAGGCAUAUAAUAUAGGAUACCUGUAUCUUUAGAUUUUCCGGUGAUUUUGACAUGAAGUUUUAACUAGAGGUAACUUCUCAUCUAGUUUUUGAAUUGUGCUGAUGUGACAAGUUACUUUAACAAAAUAUUUUUGCUGCUUUAUAUUAAUUUGAUCUUAUCCAAUAAUACAAGCACAAAUUCAUUGCAUAACCUAAUGUAUGAGUGUACUUUUCAUGGCACUAAAAAUAAAAUAUAAUUCUGAGUCAUACAUUGCUGUAGAAUGUACAGUAUGAGCUAUUAAUGAAAGCUGCAAUUUAUGCAGUUCAGUGCUACAGAAUGGUUCUUUUGUUGCACAUAAAGCCUUAUUAUUUAAUCAAAAACAUAAACUAUACAAUCUGCUUGUCAUGGAAGCGAUGGAGGUGUAUGCAAAGAUCUACCUUAAGUAAGCUGUUCUCUCGAUCACAUUACCAGUGGCGUGCAGCCAGCAACUGAGAGGCUUAACUGAGAGAUACUGUAUAUUAACAGAGAUGCGCUGCAAGCAACAAGAGGCAACAGUCAGCAGAGUUCUGUGACAAUGAAGAUAUUUUUUUUCCAACAGAACUAACAAAUGGAAUGACCUGUGAAUGGCAUCCAAGGUUUGAUUUCUAAGUUCUGAACUUACAGAAAUAAGGAUUGUCUGGAGAACUCAUCAGUCUUGCCUCUUGCAAUACUCAUAUCUACAGUUAUGAGUGAAAAAGACUCUGUGUCAAGCCAGGAUAUCCCAACGCUUGUUCGUGCCUUGGGGACAUUGGCAUUGGCGGCUGCUACAGCAGUGGUUAUUAAAUGGUUUAUUUCACAUGACACUAAGGAGGAAAAGACUGAAAGUAGUGAAGCAGACCUGAAGAACAACCUAUGUUUAACAAUUCAAGAUGAACAGACAACGUGUGAUGGUGGCCUUAUAUUUGAUGGAGUCCACGUAAAGAAUACAAACCCACUAGAGGUCAGUGAUGGGGAUGGAAAAAAGGCAAAUCUUUUACUAGAGGAUUGUCAUGACUUUGGGUACUACAGAGGUCCAACAGAAACAUCUUGUAUUUCUCAAAGCACCACCUCUGAAAAAGAAAAUGGUCAACAGAUCAACUUAUAUUGUGCUAUUUCUCCUAAGAGAACAAAUCAGAUAACAUCAGUUGCCUGCAAGUUAAAUAUGGUGGCCGCAUCUCCAGCAAAUAGUGACUUCAUUCAAACAGAGGAUGGCUGCAAUGCUUCAGUUCUUAAUGCAACAACAUGGGGCAGUUCAACUAAUGCUACAGAGGAUCAAAUGUUUUCUGGCUGUCUGACACACAAAUGUGAUAGUUUGCUCUUUGAAAGUUCAGCAAGCAAUCAGGAGCUUGAGCACAGCUUUGGAACACGUUCAAGCGAUGGUAAGUAUAAUGAUGACUUGAAUACAAGGUGCUCAGGAAGUCAAUACAAGCUGAGUGGCCAGGAUAUUCCUGUUGCUGAGUCAUUUGUACAGCACAGUACUGUCAGCAUAGGUUGUGGUGGACAGAAUUUGGUCAAUAGAUCAAAUGAAAAAAACUGUGAUUCGGAAAUAAAUGUAAUAAAAUAUAUAACUCCAGAACAGCUGAAAUACAAUAUAGACAAUCUGGUUAUUGAUGAUAAUAAUGAAGAUAGUAUAUUGGUCACUAGUACAGGAAUCAGCGAGGAAAAGAUAGUCAAAGUACUUUGUAAUCCAUUUGCUUCUGAAACAGAGAUGAGUAUUAGAACUGAUAUACGCAUUCCUAAUUGUCAUAGUGUCCCUGUGAUAUCUGACAUUGCUGCACAAGUCACUGAAAAUUCUGCAGUUGAAAAUGAAACCUUUCGUUGUACAGAAAUGCUUUCACAUGUCCAAAAUGCCUUGUGUGCAGCAAAUGCAAAUGUCAUUUCAGUUGAUGGCGUCUGUAAAGAUAUUAAACAACAUGCAACACUGCAGAAUAAAAUGGACUCUCAAGAUACAAACAUUUACCAAUCAGAUGAGGGAGAGAAACUUAAUUUGACCGACUGUAAAAUACCAAAUGAGGAUCUGAAACUUUGCAUUGAAGAUGCAGUACAGAACACAAAUGAUGAUGACAAUGACAUUAAAAAUAGUGUCCCUUCACUAGAAAAAAUUAUGCCUAAUAAAGAAAGUAACUCCCGACAGUUUGUUACACCCAUGGAUGCGAACACUGGUAGAUAUGAAGCUCAGGAAAGUUUUCAAGGAACAUCACAGUGUGGCACAAUAAAUCCAAAGGAAGAAAACAUGACAGACAACACUUAUUGUUAUCCCAACAAUAAAGAAAUCCUACCAAUGUCAGAAAAAUGGAGGGCCAACACUCUAUAUAAUAAUUCUGCACAAACUGCCGUGAUGUAUCCCUUGGAUUUAGAGGACCCUAAUGCAUCCUUUAAUAUUCUAGGAAAGCAAUAUAAACAUCAGUUCUAUGCAGAAGAAAUGUCUAUUGUUUUAAAGAACAUUGGGGUUGCUAAGUAUUUAUCAACAAAUCUUAAAUCCGAAAAAAAACAUGAGGAUAUUGAUGAUGAUAAUAAGGAAAGUAUUGGGUUAUACUGUACAACCAACAAUGCAGCAUAUGUAAUGACUACAUUUGAGAAUAAUAUGAAUGAAUCUACGUCAAUUGGAACAAUCAGUUCAAAAGUGAUGAAUGAAUGUGAGUUUAUUUCUGGUGUAAAAUCAAUAAAUGACCAAAAUUGGCACACAUGUACAGCCGAACAUCAGGAAGGCAGUAAUGUCAUUACAAAUGGAUAUCUAGAUAUCAAUCAUGAGGUUACAGAUGAAAAUGAAAAAAAUGAUUCUUCAAAAAUACAAGAAGAUCAUUGCAGUAAAGACAAUAUGUCAUUGGCAUCUGAACCUUGUUCCAGUCUGCUGAACACUGUGUUUCUUACUACAGAGUCUAAUUGGGAAAAUACAACUUUUUUCAAGGACAGUAAUGUUUCUUUACCUUCGAUGAUGAAAAAAAAUAAUACUGUACAAAUAGCACAACAUAAUACAAAUGGAGAAAAUUAUGGUUUCCAAGAAUGUUUUAGUAUAGACAGGGACGAGCAACCCUCUAGUGUGGGUGACACCUUCAGUUCCUGCACAAAACAUCUUGCAAAGGACAAGCAAAAUGACCCAAUGUGUUGUGAUUCUAAUUUAAGUUCUACACAAGAUCAAAAUAUGCUUUUGACAGAUAAUAAUGUAACAAAUUUGUGUCUUGAAAAGAGAGCUGAUUCCAGAGAAAAAAUUAUGUCCACUAUAGCAGAAAAUCCAGAACUUAUUUUACCUGAAUACCAAUCAAAAUGGAGAAUGGUAAAGAAAAAGCCAUUAAUGGCUAAGAGUUGUGACAACAUCCUUUCUGGACAUUCCUAUCAAGAACCCACUUUAAAAACCAAAGCUCAAAGUAUGUUAUGCUUGCUGACAGAGUAUUACUCAUCCAAACUGCCGUCUGAGAAUGGACCAGUGGAAGAAGUAGCCAGAGGAAGUUUCAUUCGCAUCCCAAAAAGUCUGCAGAGUACUGGGGAGGCUAUAAGGUUUCAUCUGACAUUGGGAAAUUGUCUAGAAUUAUUAAAAUUAGCCAGAAAAAACAGAGUGCAGGAACUUCUUAAAGCAGCUUAUACAGUAAUUAGCGACAAUUACCUCAAUGUACUUAAAAACUCAGCUGUUUAUGGUCAAUUAACUGGCUUAGAAAGAGAAAGAAUUCUUCAACUACGAAUGAGGGGCAAAUUUUCACUUUGUGUGGUGGAAACGAAGAGCAUAUUUUGCUUAAAUAAAUAUAUCCCGUGUCCAGUGGAAAAAGCUGAGCAUACAACUCAUCUUUACUCGCUAGAUAAUAAAACAAACAAGUGGAAACAUGUGACUAACAUCCCAGAAGAGGCUUGUCUUAAGGGGUGUAGUAUUUGCUCAAUGCACAACUAUUUGUUCAUUGCAGGAGGACUCCAAGAGACCACUGAAGGUUUAACAUGCUCUGAUAAAUUAUUUUGCUAUAAUCCUCUUACUGAUAUCUGGACCCAACUGUCCCCAAUGAAUGAAGGGAGGUCCCAACUGAAGCUGAUCCCAUUGGAUGGCUACCUUUAUGCCAUUGGAGGGGAGUGCUUGCAUACGGUAGAGAAAUAUGACCCGAGAUCAAACAAAUGGACCUUUGUAGCGCCUCUUCCUAAGGGCACGUUUGCUGUGGCUCACGAAGCAGCAGCAUGCGGUGGAGAAAUUUAUAUCUCAGGAGGACAUUUAUUUUAUCGGCUAUUAAAGUACAGCCCUGCUCAUGAUCAGUGGGUAGAAUGCCCUUUUAAUGCCAGUAAGGGCCGUUCCUGUGACAUGGUAGCAGUUGGCAACAUCCUUUAUCGAUUUGACAUGCAUAAGGACUCUUCUGUUAAUAUUCUGAAAUACAACACAAUGGGCAAGAUGUGGUCUGAAUACACAACAACCUUUCCGGGCAGCAAAAUUCCCUUUAGAUGUGCUUUAUUUGAGGGUAACAUAUACUGCAUUAACAGAGAGACCACUGCAAAGUUUUCAUUGGAGUAUGAAAAGGCUGUGUUUGAAGCAUGUGUUUUCAGUAAAGUUCCCACCAGCGGUGCAGGUUCUCCCCACCCUACUGUGCUGUGCCUAUGUGGGUCAGUAUCACAAACACCUGUAUAAAAUAAGUUUUUAAUGCACUAAUUAAACACAAUGCUUGUAUAGAUUUUAAAGGAUUAGUGCAC